AUAGACAGAAUAUAUAGUAUUGUUUGUAUAUAUUUGCAGAGCUCUUGUUGAAGCCAAUACGUCAAGUUGUAUGUCAUACCAUAAAUCAUGGUAUAUAUUUCCCCUUCUAGCAGCUUCCAAUAGCUCCACGGCUGACAGAUACAAACCCCAACAGCCAACAGGAAUAGGGAUGGCCCGCGAAUAGCUGAACCCCACGACAGCACACCACCAGUAACUUACAAACGCCAGCGUCAAACAUUUAAACUCAGCUCUCCUCUCCCCUUCUUUUCUUUCUCUACCCUCUCGUCCAGAACCCCCGGUCGUGAAUCAGACACCCACUAGGCUGACCACGCCGACUCAACCAACCAACAGCGCACAGCCACGCAGACCAGCCCAGCUCGAAACCCCCCCCCCACGCUCCAGACCCAGCCCGCCGCAUCCCGAUACAAUCCCCCUCCAAGCUAUCGAAUUCCAAUCAAACGGUCCCCAAGCGCCCAGGCCCCCUCCAGGCCGUCGCUGCAGCCUGCUGGCUUCAUAUCACAGCCUUGUCUCGCCCCGGCUGCACGACUCACACGGCGACUCACACCGAGGGAUAGAGCUGCCUGGAGUAGCGCGUGGUAGGCAGAGGCACCGGGAAGGUUGAUAAAGUGGUAGAGAUGUCGGCGGCUCGCGCGCAGCAGUUGAAGGAGGAGGGGAAUAAGUUCUUCCGCUCCAAUGAUCUCGCGCAAGCCGAGGCGCUGUAUACAAAGGCCAUCCUCCUCGACCCGUCUGCGCCGAUGUUGUAUACCAAUCGCGCGAUGGCACGGCUGAAGCUGGGGCUGCUAGAGGGCGUGCUGGAAGACUGCUCGUCGAGUUUGGCGAUUAAGGAGAAGGCGAAUAUGAAGGCUAGACAUUAUGGGGCGCAGGCGCUGGUGGGGUUGGGUAGGGGAAGGGAAGCGCUGAAGGAGGCUAUGGAGGCGUAUAAGAUUUCGGCGAAGGAGGAGGCGGGGAGCUUGGGGAGUGUGGUGUUGGUGGUGUUGAAGUGUAAGAAGGCUGCUUGGGAGGAGAGGGAGCAGGAGAGGCUUGCGGGGACGGAGGGGGUGAGGGGGAAGGUUGUGGAGGGGUUGAGGCGGGAUUUGGAGAGGCGGGUUGAGGGAGCUGAGGAAGGGGAAAAGGAGGGGGUGAGGAAAGAGGGGGAGGAGAUGAUUGAGGAGGUUGAGAGGGUUUGGGUUGAGGCUGGGAAGGCGGAGAAGAAGAGGGUUGUGCCGGAUUGGGCGGUGGACGAUAUUACCUUCUCCUUCAUGGUCGAUCCGGUUAUAACAAGAACGGGUAAAUCCUACGAGCGCGCCUCGAUCAUGGAGCACCUCCGUCGCUCUCCCACCGACCCUCUAACGCGCGAACCACUGCGCAUCGACGAGCUGCGACCCAACCUCGCGCUGCGGGAGGCGUGUGAGGAGUUCCUGAAAGAGAAUGGGUGGGCUGUUGAUUAUUAA